UGUGCAUAAAGAAUAAAUAAAAUAAUGUGGUUUUAAACGAAUCUAAUGCAUAUAUACAAUACAAUACCGCUAAAUCACGUUGUAGUGCAGCCCUAAAGAAUUUUUUAACCAGAAAAAAACGAAACAGGAAGUUGCGUACCACGUAUACUUGAUAUGUGACGUAAUACGCAAAUAAGUUGAUCAAGCUCCUACUGCUUAUUCGCAAGGUUGUUGUCUUCCUUUAGCCAUAAUUAUCUCUCGCUUCAGCAAUAUUAAUGUCAGCGGUACAAUUUCAUACAAACUCGUGGAGAUAGAGCAGAAUCUACAUUUUAUUGGACACAUAAGGACAUGCCCUCCGACUUUGUAACGUAACUACAAAGUAAACCGCGUGUGAACAACAAACCGAGUCGUCAGUAAACCAGCUAACAGCCGUUAGCUCCACAAAGCUGCACUCCUUGUGCUGGUCAUUCACACUUUCUCUUCCGUUUCGUUUUCGUCUGAAGUCGGCCUUUAGAUUCUGUCACCAAGUUCAGUCUGUUGUUUCGCCAGGAGAGGAUGAACUGGCUUUUCCCCCUUUCCAAAGGCUCCGGACCUCUCCCUCCUCUCAACAGCCUACAGCAACAAAGACAGCGGCAGAUCGAGUCACUGAAAGCGGCUCACCCCAGCCUUGCAGAGAUCCAGAAGGAUGUUGAGUACAGGAUACCAUUCACAGUCAACAACUCCACCAUUAGUGUUAACAUUCUGCUGCCUCCUCAGUUUCCUCAGGAGAAGCCGGUGGUCAGUGUCUACCCUCCUGUUGGUCACCAUUUAGUCGACAGCAAUAAUGGCACCAUGAUCACAAGCCCCCUCAUCAGUAAUUUUGGGAUGCACUCAGAUCUGGGUAAGGUCAUUCAGAGUCUGCUGGACGAGUUCUGGAAAAGUCCUCCUGCCUUGAUGUCUACUGGUGCCUCUGGCUUUCCAUACAGUAUGUACAAGCCAUCAGGCAUGGCUCCUUACCCCACUCAGGCUUUCCACUACGGUCCUCGCCAUGUGGGCCCAAGUCAGACACCGCCCCCGGCUCCUUCUCAAGCUCCAGCUCCCAUGUCUCACCCAGGGGUGGAUAGUGUCCACGGACCUCCUCGAGCUCCGGUCCCAUAUGGACUCAUUACUGACCUACCGUUGCCUGUACCUACUGGAGACUCACAGGCUGGACUGAAUGGACACAUGUACAAGAUGCCUGAGAUUCCUGAGUCUUUCCCUGAACUCUGUGACUUAAAUCUGACCCAGUUGUCAGAUAUGUCUGAAAACGAGGACGUCUUACUGGAGUUCUUUGUCAGUUUGCCACAACUCAAACAGGUCACCAAUGAUAAAGAAGAGCUGGUCACCAACAUAGUGGAUAUGGCUAAGAAAAACCUCCAGAUGGAGCCGCAGCUGGAAGGAAAAAGACAAGAAAUGCUUUACAAGUACGAGCAGCUGACUCAGAUGAAGUCAGCCUUUGAGACGAAGAUGCAAAGACAACAUGAGCUCAGUGAGAGCUGCAGUCUAAGCACUCUGCAGGCUCGGUUGAAGGUGGCAGCACAUCAGGCUGAGGAGGAGUCAGAGGAGACAGCUGAAAACUUCCUGGAGGGACGCACCGACAUAGACGAAUUCCUGACCAGCUUCAUGGAGAAGAGAACGCUUUGCCACAGCCGAAGGGCCAAAGAGGAGAAGUUGCAACAGUCCAUCAAUAGACAUGAACAGUUUCCCACCAGCCACUAGAACACAAGGUUUGGGGUGUUUUCUCAGCCAACUGCUGCCAACUAAAAGGUUGAAGACAGUGGAAUGGACAAAAAGCACACUGAGUCAACAAUGGGCACUUUGGAGAAAUGGGAAGACAGUGAUGGUCACGGUGGGCUGAAAAAAAGAAGCCCAUUGUGCUCAGAUCUGGGCUAAAAAGCUGUUUUAAGUUGGAUCGUGUGUGUGAACAAGAUGGACAAAGCUUUUGAGUCACGGCAGGAGACCAGAUGUGGGAGUGACACACACUUAGCUGUUCCAGCCACAUUACUGAGGAUUGAUCACAUUGUGGAUAAUUUCUAUUGCACAUGCUGUUUGUCCAGUUUUGACUCGACAGUGCUGACAAAGAGUUUCUUUUCUUUCAAGGAUUCAUUUCACGUUGAGUGCACUUGAUCAGAGUGGUAGGUAAUGUGAACACAUGGGAAGAAAGUACAAAAUGCGUAGGACAGUAUUCCCAAUCUUACAUUUUCCAUGCAGUGAGCAAGUAAAUGUCACUAUAGGAUGAUUGUUAAAAUGCUAACGUCGGUGUCUGUACUUCCCGUCUCUGAGAUCAUUGUCUAAUCCUUGUUUUGUUAUCCCAGAAAGGCCCCAGGCAGAAGAACAACUUAUGCACUGCUCCUUUAAUCUCCUGUUUACAUUGGAAAGGUUGUUCUAGACAUUUACAAGUCUUGAACAAGACGAGUCUUAGUAAUGGCAGUGUCUUAUCAAUAAGUCAAAAUGAUCUAUCUAAGGUAUUCUUCAUUUGGAAUUCAAAAAAAACAAAUUUGGGAUUUAACUAAAAACAAGGACAGGGCAGUAUUGUCAGGAGACUUCUAAUUUUGGCUGUUUAAAAUUCUGCAUACUGUCUGCAGAAUGUGGUUUAUACUUUAUCAAGUUGGUGAGUGGGAUUUAAGCAAUGUAAUGGACACAGUCUGAAUAUCAGUGUGUUUGCCUGAACAUGAAUAAUUUGUUUUUGAUACUUAAACGCAGUACUCUGAUAUCACUGUAACCAUUUAUGUACUCUCUCCAAGCUGACAUGGUUAAUGAUUUCAGAUCAAUGUAUUAGUACAGAAAA